GAUAGGAAGAUCUGAUUGAGAAGAUGGUCUGCCUAGUGGUGACAACAGAAAGUAGGAGACAGAACAAAUGGGUUUUGUUGCGCUUUCUGCUAAAGGCCUUGAGGAAGUCCCCAACAUGGCAAACUGUCUGUGUGCAAAGUUGUAAGGCAAUGCUUAUUUGGAUUUUCCAGAUCCAAGGUAUGCCCUAUGGGAACUGUUUACUUGUCAGUGAUGGGCCCAUCAAUAACAGCACCGGAAUCCCUUUCUUUUAUGUGUCGCCAAAGGAUAACACUGUGGCAGAUCUACUGAAGAGGCCUGUAGCUUCUCUGACCCUGCCAGAGGCAGAUGGCAAUUUCUGCAGAAAAAAUGUAAUUGAUCCUGAGGAUCCAAGGUGCACCAGACUGACUCUCACAGGACAGAUGGUCACAGUGCCUCCGGAGGAAAUGGAAUUUGCCAAGCAAGCAAUGUUUUCUAGGCACCCAGUGAUAAGAAAGUGGCCUCGCAACUAUGAGUGGUUCUUCAUGAAAAUGAACGUUGAGCAGAUUUGGCUUCAAAGCUGGUAUGGAGAAGUUUCUACCAUCACAGUAGAAGAGUAUUUAAAAGCAAUUCCAAGUAAAGCAUGACUGAAUGGGCUUUGAAAUACAAGUCUUCUGAGUUUCUUUUCCGAACACUUUUAAAAUUUCAUGCUAGAUGUUUUCUUUACAGUGAUUUUUUUUUUUCAAAAGUGUUCAAAAUAGCCCUAUCUUACAUGGAACAGAGUGGAAAUAAACCAACACAGACUCUGAAAUUAUAAAGGAGAAGUGAAUAGUAACCUUAACCUGCAAAGUACAAAUAUGUCAUUUCAAACAGGCAAUAUAACAUCCUGAACAUCGCUUUAAAACCUUUUGUAUCUGUUUGUUUUGACUUUUAUUGCUGCACACCCACAUGGAAAUUAUAGUAUGUGCUAAAUAUAAUGUUCUGAUUUACAGAAAAGCGAAUUGCCUAUUCAAAACCCUCUGUGUAUUGUGGAAGUAUUAUUGCUGCCUGAUCUCUCUUGUUUUGUAGGUAUUCUAAGCUAAAUCUAACAGCUACAACUUUAGGUAUCUAAGUUAAAAAAAAAAAAAAAGCUGUCCUCAUUUGCUAACUUAUAUAUUCUACAUGUACUUUUUCCUAAUUAUCUAACUGGAUACUUAAUUUGGAAAUUGAGUAGAGAGGCUGGUGGUAGAACGCAGCCUUCCAUCAGACACUUAAUAGAAAAAAAUGCAAGCAGCUCGAACAACACAACUUCAGUACGGCUUGUCUUCUACUGACGCAAAGCAGGUUAAACAUGUUAAGGGCCAAACAGCAAAUCAGCCCCACAAGGAUUAUCCCAA